UCCCUCAUGAUAACAAUUUACCAAUCUAAUCUAUAGCGUUGACUGUCCAUAUCAAAUCUAUAGUAACAAAUUACAAUAAUAGAUUGUGUGUCUUUGACCUUUUUCAAAUCGUCUCUUUUUUAUGUUUAUGUUAUCGUUCAUAUGUUCCAUAUCUAUUUAACCAAAACCAACAUAAUCCUAACCUGUAUUAUUUUGUGCGGAAGGAAAAGUAAUUUUAAUUGGCUUCUUAUAAAAUUUAGGCAUAUUGUGUACAGCGUUUGAUAAGAAGGGGGAUAGAGAUUAUGCUGAAAUUUAUUUAAGAAUGCAUUAUAUAUCAAAUUUGUCAGGAAAGUGAUAUUUUUCUAAAUAUUGUGAUCAUAUAGGCUAUUGUAAUGUCUAUUUGUCUGUUAAGAACGUCCUUGCACGUCAGAGAUAAUUGUUUAAACAUAUGCAGCCGUUGGAAACAUAACACAAGAAAACUUCAAAGUCCAGGAUUACAGUUGCCUUACUACUUGAGAAGUACUUUAAAAACAUCUAACUGGAAUCAUUCACGAUGGCCAGGAAAAAGACAAAUGGUAAAUUCAAUAGAAAACCAUUUCCAAGACAAAUAUGCUCUAAGCCGGCUAUGGAAGCCCUUGGCUUUCACAAUAAUAGUGAGUGGAACAAGCAUGGCCGGGGCAGCCAUAUGGCAGUAUGAGAAUGUCAGGUCCCAGGCUAUCCAAGCCAAGAGGUGGUGGGGCGGAUUCCACACUCCCAAGGUCAGUUUCGUCAACACAUGUACAACUGGUGGCAUAGUCUGAGUGUUGGAGACAAGACGUUUGUACCGAUCUGUGCCAUCAAUGUUCUGGUAUUCCUGGCGUGGAUGGUGCCGCGUUGGCAGCCCAUCAUGACUAAAUACUUCACUGCAGGAUUGGCAUCAGGAGCUCUCUGCUGGCCCAUGCUCCUGUCUGUGUUCAGCCACUACAGUAUUCUGCAUCUCGGAGCCAACAUGUUUGUUUUACAUAGCUUUUCUGACAGGGCAGUCAGUGCUCUGGGCAGGGAGCAGUUUGUUGGACUCUAUUUGUCUGCAGGGAUGGUUUCUUCAUUCACUAGCUAUUUAUUUAAAGCAAUCAUAAAGUCACCAACAAGUUCAUUGGGCGCAUCUGGUGCAGUGAUGUGUAUCCUUGGCUACUUCUGCUGCAGAUAUCCUGAGUCCAAGCUGGCUAUCAUAUUCCUGCCAAAUUUCAACUUUGAGGCCAGCUCGGGUUUAAAAGCUCUUCUUUGUAUGGACACAGUGGGAUGCCUGCUCAGAUGGUCUUUCUUUGACCACGCUGCACAUUUGGGUGGCUCUCUCUGUGGCAUAGCCUGGUACUACUGGGGCCAAGAGUACAUCUGGAGGAAGAGGGAACCUCUCAUCUCUUUUUGGCACAAACUAAGAGGACCAGUACAAUAAUAAUUUUUUGUUUAUAAAUUACUAAAAUAAAAUUUAUUACAUUUUA